AUGUUUGGUGAAGAGAGUCACAAGCCUUUCCGAGUGAAAAAGAUAAUGGACCAAGUCCAACAAGCAUCCUCAACUUCAUCUGGAAGUAACAAAAAUCAAGUAGACACUAAGAGAAACAAGCCUACUUCACCAGUAAAGCCCAUGCCACAAAAUACUGAAUAUAGACCGCGUGUGAGAAAGAAUACUGACUCAAAAGUUAAUGUAAAUACUGAAGAAACUUUCUCAGACAACAAAGACUCAAAGAAUCAGAGCUUAAAACCCAAUCCCAAGGCCUUCAAUGAUAAGUUACCAAACAAUGAAGACCGAGUACGGGGGAGCUUCACUUUCGAUUCACCGCAUCAUUAUACCCCUAUUGAGGGAACACCUUACUGCUUUUCCUGAAAUGAUUCUUUGAGUUCUCUAGAUUUUGAAGAUGAUGAUGUUGACCUUUCCAGGGAAAAGGCUGAGUUAAGAAAGGGUGAAGAAAGUAAGGAUUCCGAAGCCAAAGUUACCUGCCACACAGAACCAAAUUCAAGCCAGCAGUCAGCUAGUAAGUCACAAGCCAGUACAAAACAUCCAGUAAACAGAGGACAGUCCAAACCAGUGGCACAGAAACAACCCACUUUCCCCCAGUCCUCCAAAGAUGGAACAGAUAGAGGUGCAGCAACUGACGAAAAACUGCAGAAUUUUGCUAUUGAAAAUACUCCGGUUUGCUUUUCUCUAAAUUCCUCUCUGAGUUCCCUUAGUGACAUUGACCAGGAAAACAACAAUAACAAAGAAAGUGAACCAAUCAAAGAAGCUGAACCUACCAACUCACAAGGAGAUCCAAGUAAGCCUCAGGCAUCUGGGUAUGGGCCGAAGUCAUUUCAUGUUGAAGACACCCCUGUCUGUUUCUCAAGAAACAGCUCUUUCAGUUCUCUUAGCAUUGACUCUGAGGACGACCUGUUGCAGGAGUGUAUAAGUUUUGCCAUGCCAAAAAAGAAAAGGCCUUCAAGACUCAAGGGUGAGAGUGAAAAACAGAGUCCUAGAAAAGUGGGUGGCAUGUUAGCUGAAGAUCUGACACUUGAUUUGAAAGAUAUAUAGAGGCCAGGUUCAGAAUAUGGUUUAUCCUCCGAUUCAGAAAAUUUUGACUGGAAAGCUAUUCAGGAAGGUGCAAGCUCCAUAGUAAGUAGUUUGCACCAAGCUGCUGCUGCCACUGCAUGUUUAUCUAGACAAGCAUCAUCUGAUUCAGAUUCCAUUCUGUCACUAAAGUCUGGCAUUUCCAAACUGUCUCAGCUGCCUAGAACAUCAUCUCCCAGUACUGCUUCAACUAAGUCCUCGGGUUCUGGGAAAAUGUCAUAUACAUCCCCAGGCAGACAGCUGAGCCAACAAAAUCUUACCAAACAAGCAGGCUUAUCCAAGAAUGCCAGCAGUAUCCCCAGAAGUGAGUCAGCAUCUAAAGGACUGAAUCAGAUGAAUAACGGCAAUGGGUCAAAUAAAAAGGUAGAACUUUCUAGAAUGUCUUCAACUAAAUCAAGUGGAAGUGAAUCAGACAGAUCAGAAAGGCCUGCAUUAGUAGUAUGCUAGUCUACUUUCAUCAAAGAAGAUCCAAGCCCAACCCUAAGGAGGAAACUGGAGGAAUCUGCCUCAUUUGAAUCUCUUUCUCCAUCUUCUAGACCAGAUUCUCCCACCAGGUCCCAGGCACAGACCCCAGUUUUAAGCCCUUCCCUUCCUGAUAUGUGUCUAUCCACACAUCCAUCUGUUCAGGCAGGUGGAUGGGGAAAGCUCCCACCCAAUCUCAGCCCCACUAUAGAGUAUAAUGAUGGGAGGCAUGCCAAACGGCAUGACAUUGCACGCUCCCAUUCGGAAAGCCCUUCCAGGCUACACAGCAAACAUUCCUCGUCCCUUCCUCGAGUGAGCACUUGGAGAAGAACUGGAAGCUCAUCUUCUAUUCUUUCUGCUUCAUCAGAAUCCAGUGAAAAAGCAAAAAGUGAGGAUGAAAGGCAUGUGAGCUCUGUACCAGCACCCAGACAGAUGAAGGAAAACCAGGUGCCCACAAAAGGAACAUGGAGGAAAAUCGAGGAAAAUGACAUUACUCCCACAAACAUGGUUUCUCAGACUGCUCCCUCAGGUGCUGCCAGUGGUGCUGAAUCAAAGACUUUGAUCUAUCAGAUGGCACCUGCUGUCUCUAAAACAGAGGAUGUUUGGGUGAGAAUUGAGGACUGCCCCAUUAACAACCCUAGAUCUGGAAGAUCUCCCACAGGCAACCCCCCCCCAGUGAUUGAGAGUGUUUCAGAGAAGGGAAGUUCAAGCAUUAAAGACACCCAAGGGAAACAGAGUGUGGGCAGUGGCAGUCCUGUGCAAACUGUGGGUCUGGAAACCUGCCUGAACUCCUUUAUUCAGGUAGAGGCCCCAGAACUGAAAGGAACUGAGGCAAAACCAGGACAGAGUGACCCAGUCUCUAUAGCAGAGACUGGUGAGAGUUGUAUAGCAGAGCGUACCUCUUUCAGUUCCAGUAGCUCCAGCAAGCACAGCUCACCUAGUGGGACUGUUGCUGCCAGAGUGACACCUGUUAAUUACAACCCUAGCCCUAGGAAAAGCAGCGCAGACAGCACUUCAGCCCGGCCAUCUCAGAUCUCUACACCAGUGAGCAACAACACAAAGAAGAGAGAUUCAAAGACUGACAGCACAGAAUCCAGUGGAGACCAAAGUCCUAAACGCCAUUCUGGGUCUUACCUCGUGACGUCUGUUUAAAAGAGCUGGAAGG